GCGCAACCCAGACGACGGUCACGUUGACAGCGGCGAGCGUCCGCUGCCAUGGCAAAUCACAAUCACCCGCGAUCUAGCAAAGCCACGCCCGCUCCGCGCCGUCGCCGUCUGCUGCCUCGUGACGUGCUCUGUAUCGCGGAACACGCCUUCGCAAGCAACCGCCGUGAGAGUCGCCUCCCGCGCUCUGGCUCGCUGACGCUGCGCGUGCGUCGUCUCGCUGUCUCGCUGUCUCGCUGCCGGCCGCCGUCGCCCAGCGAACGGGCGGUGGACAAGCAGCCGUCGUGGUUUCAGUCGCAGCCCGCCCAUUCGCCGCCCCCGAAAACUGGAGAAGCGUCAAGCGACAACGCUGCCACGCACGACGGCCUGGCCGUGGUUCCGCGGCCACAGCCAGACGCGCACAUCGCCUCACUGACCUCAGCAGCCAUGGUCGCUGAUUGUCCGAAACACCCGCCCUUCGCCCCUAUCGCCUGUGCUGUCCAGAUGCGGGGUCUCGGUGAAGGCGGCCUCUGCCCUUGUGCACGCCAGUCCUCCUCGGUGGUACUUUUAUGCUCGACGGCCAUUCCCGCACUUGGCACGCCUCACCGCUGCCUGGACUGCGAGACGCACGACCGGUCAAGCCUGCCGACCUGUGCUUCUGCUCGACCCAACUUGACAUUGAUUGCUCUUUGGCAUGACAUCAGCGCGUGCCAGCCCAAGCGCGUUUCAGGAGUCGCUGCGCGUCUAGCCCGAUCGGCUGUAGCUUAUCUGCUCGUGCAUAGCUCGAGUACAGCCAUCUCCACAAUAUACAAUAUAUCGAGCCGCGCGUCGUCAUCCUGGUCAUCCUAGUCGCCAUGGUGACAUAAGUGUACUCUAUCAUACUCCUUUACACAGAACCCUAUCUUCCAGUCACAAGCAUCGUCGCCGCUAUUGAGAACUGCGAUCCAAUGCAUCCAAGGAAGUCGCGAUCAUGCAUUGGUAUAUCCACGUUCACCAUGCUGGCAACAAAGGAACUCAGUACACCCACAAGUACACUAAUUGCCUUUCUAUGCUCCCGCAGCGUCUAGCAUCCAAGGUAUGAGCAAGAUGUGGCGACAAAGAGGAAUAUGAGCCAGAGCAAGUGGCACAACGUGAACACAAAGACACGGGGCUGGUGCAGG